UAAUGGGAGAGUUCUUAAGGUGGAGUUUUUUAUCAGAAUAUAAGAACCCAGUCUCUUAACUUUAAUUAACUAAAAAAACUAAGAACCGGUUCUUAGCUUUUUUAGUUAAAAGAUAAGAGAUAUGUUUUUAUAUUCCGCUAAGAAUUCACCCUAAGAACACUCCAUUAAACAUGCUCUAAUGAUGCUCUAAGCUGUAGUAAUCAUGAUUGAUUCCAGUUCUCACUUGUAUGGUUCUAUUUAGACAAAAAAAAACUAAAAAAAUCAACAGGGUUUCUUGUGUGUUUAUUGGACCUCUUACAAAGGCUAGUUGUGACGAUUGACAUAGACAUGGGAUUAAAUCGAGUUUAAUGAACCCCAUCGUAGGUGAAGGACAAAGACAUAAGUUAACAAGCUGUUAAAAGAAUAAGCACAUGUCUUGUCUACGUCGAGGACUCUUCUUCAGGUCAGGCGGCUAUAUGAUUUCCACACGCUGCCUGCUCAUUAUAUAAACCUCACGCUUUAAUCUGUAACUGGAGAUAUUACACACCUAAAACAAUUAAAGACACCAACACAGAGACAGAAAUGAAGAAAAAAUUUUGGUUGGUUGCUUUGUUUUUGGUUCUCUCUUUGGUAAUUUCAUCUUAUGCAGCUUCAACUCAACUAUACCAAUUCCGGAAACUUUUGCAAAGAGGACCAGCAUCACCUAGUAAAUCAGGAUCCGCCCCCCAUGGUUUUUAGCAAGGUAAAAUCAGCUGGAGAUACAUGCUAUUUGUCACUUGUCAGCCACCGCAGCCUCGGGAUCAAGAUACCUUCCGUUUUUGUUGUUCUAUCAUUUUGAUAACAAUCCCUCUCGAUACGUAGCUAGUUAUGGAUGUUGUCUUGUCUUGUGCGUGUAUUGUGUGUAUGUGAGUUGUUCACUCUUCACCUCUGUUUUGUCAAGUUGCUCCAAGUGAUGUCUUGUAAAAAGAAAAAAAAAAUGUCUUCUUUUAAAAAAAGAAAAGAAAAAAUGUCUUGUAAAAAAAACUAAAAGAGAGCUGAAUAUAAUUCACUGAAUUAAUUUUUACAUAUAUAUGUAUUGAGUCUACAACUAUGAGACCAAAAUUACUUUUGCCAAAAUUGAUUAUCAACGUUGGCUUUUCCUCUCAUGCAAGUGUAAGGAGAAAAGAACAAGGUUAUAAACGUCAACACUCGUUGCAUCAUUGCAUGCAUUGACUAUUACUAUAACGAACUGUGGUCCAAACAACGUUCACCUAAUGUUUUUAAACAUGAUCAGGAUCUAUAAUUGAUAAAUCCAGUGGCCCAAUAUAUAGUUUGGUUGAAGUUUUAAGAAAAGUAAAUUAUUUAAAAAUCUGAUAGAACUUCUUUAAAACCCGAAACCCAGUUAUCACGUGAACUGAUACGUUCUCACUUCGCUCAUCCUUCUCCUCAAAGAGAAACUCCCCAAUGUUUAUUACCUAGCCACCGACACAAACCCGAUCGCCCGCAAGAGUGACAUACGAGACGAUGAAAUGAACUUAGGAACAUUCUUUAAACAACUUGCCAUGU